AUGCAUUUAGAACGACGCACGCUUGUUUGUUUCGGAGAUGUGAAAACUGCUGGUAAGUACAGUGCAGAAUGCAAGCUAAUGGUUGGCGAUGAUCCGAAACUACUGGACACUGAAUGCUUCGACGAACAGUUUACUGAGCAAUCAUUCGGUAACGACAAAAGUGAGUCUGCUUUUUCAGUUCGCUGGUUCACGCUAAUGAUAAGGGCUGGAGAUGAGACGCUUAGCCCCUUAUUUUGUUGA